AUGUCAAAAGAAUGUGUCGAUGAAGUUGUUGCUAUGCUUUUGAAGUUUGCAAUACAGCCGACGUCACCCGUACAGCCACAUCAGCUGCACCAGGCAACCCUUGAAAAUGGAAAGCGAAGUAUAGGACUGAUGAAACAGUGCCUGAAGUCUGCAGUUUGGGGUGAUGUUGUCACCAUCAAAGUUAGCUGGCUCGAAAAAGAGCUCACAGUUCCACCUGAGUCGCUUGUAAGGCAAGAAAAUCAGUCACAGCUAGCUCAAUCAAUCGCUCAAGCUCAACAAGCCCUGGAAGUUGUCAUAAAUCUUGUGACAAUCAUGCUUAUUCGACUAGUAAAUGUGCUUGUUGCUAAGCUGUUCGAGAAAUCCAACUGCUCGAUGACUGGGAUGUACGAGUUCGAGAUUCUCAAUCAGUUCAUUUCGAAGUAUCUGAAUGACAAUUUCAACUCCUAUGUGAAAUCCCCAACUUGUCUAGUAAUGAAUGCAUUUUCUGCCUUCUCGCUUCUUCGAGUCAUCUGUAGCCAACAACCAGGUUACCUCGAUGCCAUGUGUUUGCAAGCUUACAUAAAGGUGCUAGAAAAGGCUGUGAGAGAGCAUAUUUUGCAUGUUACUGAACCAGGAGAAACUACUAGAGAGAAAAUGGCAACAGCUGAGAUGAUCGCGAUGGCUUUGGAAUUGCUGCGUCCCAGGAUUGAA